UAAUACCCUUCUGUCACCCAUGCCAGGCAAAAAAAGGGGCUAGUGGUAAGCAUUCUAGUGUCUAAUAAUUCUGAUGUGCCUUGCAACUUGAGUAAAAUACAUUUUACACGGCAGUGUGGUCGUUUAGAUGCUUAGACUUGGAAGAAUUAAACUAAAGCACAACAUAUCGGAUUUACUUAAAUUAAUCUGACAAUUCUGCUAAAUAUUUUGGUGCCCAGCUUAUCAAAACCCUUAUUUUCUUUAGACAAGCUAACACCUAACCAGGCUUCUUGUGUGCACAGCUGAAGAGCAUUUUUCUCUUUGCACUUCAGGUAUGCAGAAUACAAGCUAAUAUAAUCUUCAAACUAGAGAAAAUACCUAAAACCUGUAGUCUUCUAAAACAUCUCCAUUAUGAAAAAUAGUAACAUGUAACUUUUGCUAGUUUCAGAAUUUAGCCGUCAUAAGCAUACUUUAAGUAAUACCUAUCACACUAAGUGCACUUUAUAGAAAUGAUGUGACAUGAAUACAUAGCAAAAUAAAACAUCCUCACUUAGAAAAAAGCUCUUUGGCUAGCAAAGUGGUACAGUAAUCCUACAUCUUGCCUUAAUUUAUUAAGAUCACUUUUGGGAAUACACUUGGAACUUCAGGCACAGACUACUGGACUUUGGUGUGCUCCAUCCUCUUUUACAGUUCCUCAUCGCUGGCCCAGAACAUGGUCUGUAAUCUGGAGGCAGCUGCUCUCAGGUCCUUCUAGCUAUAAUAAAUGUGCAUCAUAAAGAAGUGUGGGUGAUAGAUACAGUACAUGGAGCUCUGCCCUGCAAUAUGUGGGAUACUUCAUGUGAUAUGCAGAGUGCCCCCAAUUCCCACCAUCUUGAAUAGGGGUUGAAGAUAUUCAGCAAGAUCAGACCUAUAAGCAGUACAAUCUGGUUUCCAGAAUAAUACUUGAUACUUAUAUAGCAACUUGCAUGUUUAAAUAGCUUUACAGAUAUUAAGUGAUCCUCACAACAUCUUUGUGAAGUACUGGCAUCCUCAUGCUAGUUUGGGAAACUGAGGUGCAAUGUUCAAAUUAACUUUCUCCGGGUAAUGCAGUGGGUCAGCAGUUGAGCCGUGAUGGAAAUUCAUGGACUCCAGUUCCAUACUUUGAUUCACUAAAACACAGUGCCAGCGAUGUCAGGAGACCAAACUUAGGGCAAAGUGAAGGCAGUUUUCAGAAGAAUUUAAAGUGGUAUAGACUAACAAUUUUAUCAUGUUGACUAGAGCUGUAGAAAUUACAGUAGAGCUACCAUGAAGUAUUGUAGUAGGAGAGAGGAUCAGAACAUUGCCUUAAAUGCAACACAGCAUUUUUUCCAGUAUAGGAAAAAGACUACAUGCAGAAGCACCAAAUAAGGCCUGUGGUAACUAGUGUGAGAGUAUUAUGAUCCAAUGGUAAGGAGUGUGUCAAUUGUGCUGUCGUCUAUUAAAACUAUGUGCAGUCAAGUCAGGACUACAAAGUGAUGUAGUAAUGUGAGUAGCAAGAACACUCAUUUAUCUUACUUUAUUGCUAAUUUUUGCAGCCAGCUUCCUUAAAACUGCUUUGGGACAGUGCAGGUCAAGCAGGUUUUUAUGGGGAAAAACUUUCCUCCCUCCUCCUCCUGUUUGUUAAUUGCAGUUGCUGUGAGUCUACUUACAAUACCACACCAGAACAUCUGUAUUAGCAUAAUAUGUUUGAAGACAAAUCUAAUGCAGUUUUUGACAUUACAGAGAAAUGUGGUGAUAUUCUGGAUGCAGAAAUGUCUGAGGACGCAGAUCACAAUUUAAUACCUGCCCUUGAAAGCAUAUCCUAUGAAAUGCAGAAUCGAACAGGAUCUGAAAACUCACUGCUGGAUGAAGAUGAUUAUUUUCUGAACUCAGGGGAUCUUGCAGGGAUUCCAGUUGUUGGGAGUGACAAUGAGGAUGAUCAAAAUUUUACUCCAAAAGACAGUCUCCCGUCUACGAUUCACACUGAAGAUAACCUGGAGGACGGAAAGAGAGUUACAGAACAUGAAUUGGACAGUGAAAAAGAAUUGCAAAUACAAAAUGCAAUCCAAAAGGACAUCACUUCAUCGUGUGAUCAGGGCCCUAUAUUUAAACCCAUUCGGAAGGAUUUUAGCAUAGCAAGAGAUAAUGGUAAAGAGACUUUUUCAACAAAAGAGAAAAGCAGAGAAGGACCUUUCCAAGAACGUGAAAAACGUUUGGAAAAAAUUCCUAAAGAGUUGGAUUCCAGAUUGAAAAGCAGUUUCCUGGAUAAAGCAGUUACUAAUCAAGUAGAAGAAACGUUACGGACGCAGUUAGCACCACAGAUUCCAGAAACUAACUUCAGGGAGCCUAGCUACCUGUUUGCUAGCAAGGAAUCCAUUGGUCAGGAGCUGGGGAAUUCCUUUGCCUCAAAUAUUAGAAUUAAGGAAGAGCCUUUGGAUGAUGAAUAUGAUAAAGCUAUGGCACCACAGCAGGGACUGUUAGACAAAAUUAAAGAUGAACCUGAUAACUCUGAGGAGUAUGGCCAGCAGCCAAAAACUCAGGAAGGGGAGCUGAAGAUCAGUGCUGUAUUUUCAGUCAGUGGCAGUCCUCUUGCUCCACAGUUGACAUCAGGUUUCCAGCCUGCUGUGGCAUCCUCUGGCAUGAGUAAAAUGCUGCCUUCAGUUCCAACCACAGCCAUUCGGGUUUCCUGUUCUGGCUGUAAAAAAAUCCUCCAGAAGGGACAAACAGCGUACCAGAGGAAAGGGUCUACUCAGCUCUUCUGCUCCACACUGUGCCUCACUGGAUACACUGUUCCCGCUUCUCGUCCACCAGCUUCUACAAAGAAGACGUGCUCAAGCUGCUCAAAAGAGAUCCUAAAUCCAAAGGAUGUGAUCACUGCACAGUUUGACAAUACAAACUCCAGCAAGGAUUUCUGCAGCCAGUCAUGUCUUUCUACAUAUGAAUUGAAAAGGAAACCUGUUGUUACUAUUCAUACUAACAGCAUUUCAACCAAGUGCAGCAUGUGCCAGAAGAAUGCAGUGAUUAGACAUGAAGUGAAUUAUCAGAAUGUUGUACACAAACUCUGCAGUGAUGCCUGCUUCUCCAAGUUCCGUUCUGCUAAUAACUUGACUAUGAACUGCUGUGAGAACUGUGGGGGCUACUGUUACAGUGGCUCUGGCCAAUGCCACGUUCUUCAAAUAGAAGGACAGUCAAAGAAGUUCUGCAGUUCAACAUGUGUUACCGGGUAUAAACAGAAAUCAGCAAAAAUUACACCCUGUGCACUGUGCAAGUCUUUGAGAUCUUCAGCUGAGAUGAUAGAGAGCACAAAUAAUUUAGGAAAGACCGAACUCUUUUGCUCUGUUAACUGCUUGUCAGCCUACAGAGUUAAAAUGGUUACAUCUGCAGGUGUCCAAGUUCAGUGUAACAGCUGUAAAACUUCAGCAAUCCCUCAGUAUCACCUGGCUAUGUCAGAUGGGAGUAUACGCAAUUUCUGCAGUUACAGCUGCGUUGUAGCUUUUCAGAACUUGUUCAACAAGCCUGCAGGAAUGAACUCCUCUGUGGUGCCCCUGUCGCAGGGUCAAGUCAUUGUAAGCAUUCCCUCGGGGGCAACGGUAUCCGCAUCAGGUGGCACUACCUCGACUGUCUCCCCCAGCUCCAUGAGCAGCUCGGCUGCAGCUGGUCUCCAGAGGCUCGCUGCUCAGUCCCAGCAAGUCACUUUCGCCCGCACUGUUGUGAAACUCAAGUGUCAGCACUGUAACCGCCUGUUUGCAACCAAACCGGAGCUGCUUGACUACAAGGGUAAAAUGUUUCAGUUUUGUGGGAAGACCUGCUGUGAUGAAUACAAGAAGAGAAGUAGUGUAAUGGCAAUGUGUGCAUACUGCAAAAUUGAGAAGAUUAUCAAGGAGACCGUGCGAUUCUCAGGAAUAGACAAGCCAUUCUGUAGUGAAGGUUGUAAACUGCUCUAUAAACACGACUUGGCUAAACGCUGGGGAAACCACUGUAAAAUGUGCAGUUACUGUUUACAGGCUUCCCCCAAACUGGUCCAGAAUCACUUUGGGGGAAAGAUGGAGGAGUUCUGCUCAGAAGAAUGCAUGUCUAAAUUUACGGUUUUGUUUUAUCAGAUGGCAAAGUGUGAUGGUUGUAAAAGACAAGGUAAACUCAGUGAGUCUAUGAAAUGGCAAGGGGAGAUCAAACAUUUUUGCAACCUGCUUUGUAUUUUGAUGUUCUGUAAUCAGCAAACUGUGUCUGAACCCCCACCUCAGAACAACACAGCAAACCUUUCCAUGACACCAACUUCUUCAUCAGGCCCUCCUUCUCUAAGGAAGGAUUCAACUCCGGUUAUAGCAAACGUGGUAUCCCUAGCAAGUGCCCCUGCUGCCCAGCCCACGGUUAACUCCAACAACGUCUUACAAGGUGCAGUUCCUACUGUGACAGCAAAGAUCAUUGGAGAUGCUAGUACUCAGACAGACGCCCUGAAACUACCACCAUCACAACCUCCAAGGCUUUUAAAAAACAAAGCAUUAUUGUGCAAGCCGAUCACCCAGACCAAGGCCACAUCUUGCAAACCUCAUACCCAGAAUAAGGAAUGCCAGACAGAGGAAGAUGAAGUUCGACCCCAAAUCCUUGUGGUGCCUGUUCCUGUACCAGUGUUUGUGCCAGUGCCCCUUCACCUCUUCACCCAGUAUACGCCAGUUCCACUUGGGGUCCCAGUACCUGUACCAGUUCCCAUGCUUAUCCCAACUACUCUGGAUAAUGCCGAUAAGAUCAUAGAGACUAUUCAGGAUAUCAAGGAGAAGAUUCCCACAAAUCCAUUUGAGGCUGAUCUCCUUCAAAUGGCAGAAAUGAUUGCAGAAGAUGAAGAGAAGGAAAAAACGCACUCUCAUGGAGGAUCCCAAACAUCUGAGCAUGAGCUGUUCCUGGACCCUAAGAUAUUUGAGAAAGAUCAAGGCAGCACUUACAGUGGCGAUCUAGAAUCAGAAGCAGUGUCAACUCCACACAGCUGGGAGGAUGAGCUGAAUCACUAUGCCUUACGAUCAAAUGCCAUGCAGGAUCCAGACCCCGAGCUGAGGCAGUUCUCCAAAGGGGACGUGGAGCAGGACCUGGAGGCAGACUUUCCCUCAGACUCAUUUGACCCGCUCAAUAAAGGACUGGGUCUCCACUCCCGUUCGCGAGCAAGGCGGAGACAUAGAGAUGGCUUCCCACAGCCAAAAAGACGGGGGAGGAAGAAGUCCAUAGUUUCUGUGGAGCCUCGGAAUCUUAUGCAGGGUUCCUAUCCAGGCUGCUCUGUUUCCGGGAUGACUCUGAAGUACAUGUAUGGGGUAAAUGCCUGGAGGAAUUGGGUCCAAUGGAAGAAUGCACAGGAAGACCAAGGGGAACUAAAAUUUGGAGUUCGGCCUGUGAAACUCAAGGAGGAUAUUCUCUCAUGCACUUUUGCUGAGCUGAGUUUUGGCUUGUGCCAGUUUAUCCAAGAGGUGCGGAGACCAAACGGUGAAAAAUAUGAUCCCGACAGCAUCUUAUACUUGUGCCUUGGAAUUCAGCAGUACCUGUUUGAGAAUGGUAGAAUAGAUAACAUAUUUACCGAGCCCUAUUCCAGGUUUAUGAUUGAACUUACAAAACUAUUGAAAAUCUGGGAACCUACAAUACUUCCAAAUGGUUACAUGUUCUCGAGAAUCGAAGAGGAACAUUUAUGGGAAUGUAAACAGCUCGGUGCAUAUUCCCCUAUAGUCUUAUUGAACACACUUCUGUUCUUCAAUACCAAAUACUUCCAACUAAAGAAUGUCAGUGAGCAUCUGAAGCUGUCCUUUGCCCACGUUAUGAGACGCACCCGGACUCUGAAAUACAACACCAAGAUGACAUACCUGCGUUUUUUCCCACCUUUUCAAAAACAAGAGGUAGAAUCAGAUAAGUUAUCUGUAGGAAAAAGGAAACGGAGUGAGGACGAGGAGGUUCCAACAGCAGUGGAAAUGGCUGAAAACACAGAUAACCCUCUGAGAUGUCCAGUCCGACUCUAUGAGUUUUACUUGUCAAAAUGUUCUGAAAGCGUGAAGCAGAGAAGUGAUGUGUUUUACCUUCAACCUGAGCGUUCUUGUGUACCUAAUAGCCCUAUGUGGUACUCCACGUUGCCAAUAGACCCCGGGACCUUGGACAUCAUGUUAACACGUAUUCUUAUGGUGAGGGAGGUACACGAAGAACUUGCCAAAGUCAGAUCAGAGGACUCUGAUAUUGAAUUGUCAGACUAACUGAAGUGGGGUAUUUUCCUUUCAAUACACAUUGCAAGUACCAAACUGUGAACACAUCCAGCCUUCAGAAAAUGUUGUGUAUCAAAUAAGCCAAGUUAACGUCACUACACAGGCAUAUUUUGAACCACAAUGGAUGUGCAAACUGGAAUCAGAAGGAAGCAAACUACUUUAAGCUGCAAGAAACGCCAGUGUCCAGUGCAGUGAUAAAUCCUCUAAACAAACUCAAGAUGAAUUAACCUGUUCAAGCGGUGCAUAAAUCCUUCAUUUGUUUGGGAUUAAAACAAAAUUGUGAAAUAUUUUUAAGCAAAACUGUUGUAUAAAUUCUACCAUAGUAACCAUGGGCAUAGAGAACUAGACUGUGGCUCACAUGACUUUGCAGCCCGAUGGCUGGCAGCCAUUGCUGCCAAAGAGCAUGUGGACAGGAGACACAGUGCAGUGAGGUCUAGACAAAUAGACACCUUCCGUUAUGUAUACACACACUUUUUUAGUUUUAUUUUAUUUUUUACUGGGAUCAAAGAUUAAGAAAGAUAUUAAGCCAGAAGUCAAUGUUAUAUCUGCCAGAUUACUACCCUAGUGGAUGACUACCUGGACUGCGUUCAAACAGUCACAUGACUUCAGAGUCUAGCUCUUAGUCCAUGCUAACAACUACGACUCUGUUGGAUCUCUGAUGUGGGGGAGAUGCUGUAAGUCAAGCAUCAGAGCAAUCACGUUAUGGGACAAAAAUCUCUGGAAUACAUAUAGGAGAACGAGGGUCAAGGGCUGUGUGCAGAAAACCCCCUGAAUAGCCUCUGCAGUCUGAUGUAAUCGAGCAAAUGCUGUGGUGCGCAAAAAUAGUUCUUUUGGAGGGAGUUGUUUUGGUUUGGGCAUAAGGCAGCUUUCCUUCCCUUUUUCCCCCCCCCCACAUUCCCACCUAAUUCUUUGUUUUUAUACAGUGCAAGUCUGGAGGGCCUUGUCAUUUCAAAGUGAAGAUACUCUUUCCACCCUUUCAACGCGUGCAGUAUUACUUUUGACAACAGAACUGUGGUAGAAAAGUACCUUGUGUGGUUUUUUACCCCACCCCACCCAAAGAAAUUUAGUGAUAGUGUUGGAAAUUGAAAUAUUUUUUUUCAAUGGCUUGGCUGUUACUGUAUCUUUUAAAAGGGGAAUCUCCCAUACUGUAUCCAGAGGACAGGACACUGAUUAGAUAACAUCUGUCUCUCCAUUUUCUCAAGCUUAAGAUGUUCGUUUCUAAGGACGACAGGUCAUACGAGACUAUUUUUAACGAGAAUUGUACUCUUUUUAAAAUCAGUAGUUGCCCAACUUCUGUAACGGGGGUUUGAUAUCUUACCCUCUCACUGCAGUUUCAGGAGUUGAAAAUCAACAGCCUUGAAUUAAAUUUGUUUUUUUUAAUUUUCUUUACUUUUAGCAGCAACAAAGGUAAUUUAAACAAGACAAUUGGAAAGUAGUCUAUUGACGUUGUGUACUCGGUAGUCCUGUCCCUGCCUGUAACAGAUUUCACUGAUGUAUUUUUUAAUACAGAAAACUGUGUGAAAAGUAAACCUGCCCCUGAUUCUGUAUGAUCCAAGUCCAUCUGUGUCUGUCAUUUCUGAUCGGAGACUGUUUACUUCACAUCUUGUCCUAAAGCUGUGGGGGAAAAUACCCUGGCCAUUAUUACCCUAUCAAUAAACUACCCAGAGACUUGGAGGCUUAAUGAUCUCAAUUACAUUAAUUUUACAGUAUAUAAAUACUAACCUUCUCCCUAUAGCAAUAUUAAAAGUAGUUAGAUAGCAAACACACAGUUUGUAUUUGGACAGCUGAUGUGUUUCAGGAAGAAAAAAUAUCCCUAUGCCUUUAACUGACAACAACAGAUACUGUAUGGUUGGAAAAAAACAAAAAACCCACAAUCCUAUUGCCCCUAAAAAACAAAACAAGUAGUGUCUCAGUUGCAUGCAGGUCUACCCAGAACCUCACAUCACAGGAAAUAUCCAUGAAUUAUUGUAAUUCUUGGACAUUCCUCAUGAGUGCAGCUAUAAUGUCUUUGUCAGGUUGUUGUUUUUUUCCCUUUCUAUUAGAGAGUUGUGUGAAAUUUUUUCAAUGAAUAAGGGAAACAGUCAAGACAUCCUGUUAGGUUUGUUUUUAAACAAAAAUUUCUGGUUUUCCCUGGAUAGAAGUUACAGAAAUAUUCCCGUAGAAUAAAAUAGUAUAUUUGUAUAUGA